AACCAAGUUAUCUUUUACACUAAUACUGUCAAAACACACAAGGUUUAUGUAUAGACUCCGUUGGCUAUGUCUAAAAUGAAAGUAAACAGCUGAGAGAAAACGGAUGCGUGCCUCUGUAUAGAUGCGUGCAGGUCUUAAAGGGACAGUACUAAACAUGCUGCCGACUGUCAGCCUUCGGUCAUUUCUGACCGGAGAAUUUUAGAUUUAGAAUUUUUAAAAAUCGUAGCUUCACCAGAAUGGUACGAAACUCGUUGUGAACACACAAAAAAAUUGAGAGCAUGAUUCGAAAAAGUUAAGUGGUCGUAAAAAAAAUAAGAGUCACACUCAUCCUCUUCGGUCAAAAACGACCGACCAUAGGAAAUGAAUGGGAAAAAAUUAAAAAGUACAGAAAUUUUUUGUGUGUACAAUCUACAAAUCCCCAACAAUGCAGAAAAACAUUGCACAGCAAUGAAGGGGUGAAACUCUAAAACAUCUAGAGUGCAAAAUCAACACAUCCACUCAUACACACGAGCACACACACACGUACACACACACACCCCCCAAUGAACUGGUGUGCCUGUAACACAGCAACUAUGUAAAAUAAAAUCAAUAAUUCAACUACAUUGCAGUUAAAAAGUGAACAACAAGGAAUGGGUUAUACUCUAAAAAAGUGUUACGUUCCCAUUCUAUGAUUAGUCUAGGGGGUUUAAAGAAUACAUAACAAAAUGAAAGGAAAAUCCACAUGGAGCCUCUCAUCCCAGUCCCAGCCCUAAAGAACACUGCCAACCACUAAAAGAUCUACUACAAAUUUGAUUUAUUACAUAAAAGAACCACAGAAACAAAGCAAAUAGGCUUCAGGAGGGGGCAAGGCCAAAAUAACAAACAAAACAGAAUCUUACUCAAUUUUAAACCUAACUUACCUAACACAGGGAAAAAUAAAGUUAACAAAAAGACAAUAGCACUUCCUUAACUACCUAACUUACCCAAAAACAGAGGCAAAAAGAUUGACAAAAGAAAAUGGCACCCACCACCCUACAAAUUAUAAAAUAAACAAUUUAACAAGUAUUAAAUGAAGAACUAUCAAAAAGUCAGCAUUAUUAUGAGCUAGAUUUAACAAUCUAGGCGGGAGCACAGCAACAGUAUGCUAACUUAAACUAUAGCACAGAUUGACUUUAAGUAUCAACUAACAAACAACUAGCAACACUUGUCUGGGGCUGCAGAGAAGGUCCAUGUGGAGAGAGAGAGAGAGAGAGAGAGAAGCUUUUUCCCAGAAGCUAAAAUAACCUUGUCCACGUUACUGCCACUGAGUGAUGUGCCUAUUCACGUGAUCCAUGGAAACAAUGUAGAACUUUCCAGAACCUGUGCAUUCAUUCCCAGUGUUCACCUGGCUUACCAUAAAGACAUUCGGCCCCAUCAUAUGUAUGACUACAUACACCUCAACAAGAAAGGAGUACAACUUUUCGCAAGAGUGCUGAAAAGCACGGCAUUUGGUAAAACAGUAAACAGCAGAAACCUACACAGCAAGAGCAGCUCCCAACCACAAAGAAACGUCCAUCCUACUCCAAGAACCAGACAGGACUCGACCCCUGGAGCGCCAUCACAGAGCUACGCCGCAGCAGCCCAACAACCACAGAACCCUGCAGCCGCCGAACUCAAUCAGAUAAGACACCUGCUCAACAUCAUCUGCUCCAAACUUAUCAAGUAAUGUACAAGAGUAAUACACACACACACUUAAUGACUCUGUCAAUAUCAAUGUGGAAUAUUCAAGGCUUGAAUUCAAAGGCCUUUGGACUAAAGAGUUCAAACACAGACUUCCAGAAGAGCAUCAAAGAGAUGGAUAUUAUAAUUCUACAGGAGACAUGGAGCAGGGCAGACGCAAUCACCCACUGCCCACCCAACUACAGAGAAAUCAUCCUACCAUCACAAAAACUCACCACAGUCCGACAGGGAAGAGACUCAGGAGGACAAAUAAUCUGGUACAAAUCAAAAUUCCACAACCACAUCAACACAGUAAAGCAUGGCAAAUACUACGCCUGGCUUAAAAUCCACAAGGAACUGCUCCCAUCCAGAAAAGAUAUAUUCCUAUGUGCCAUAUACAUCCCGCCAUCAGAGUCCCCCUACUACAGCGAAGACAUGUUCUCCACUUUAGAGGAAGAGACAAACCACUUCCAGGCCCAGGGAAACGUGCUCAUCUGCGGGGACCUGAACGCAAGAACAGGACUACAGCCCGACUUCACCGAUGCACGAGGGAGCAAAUAUAUCAACAACAAACUGACUGCUAUUAAUAACACAUUCUCCCAUAUCCACAGAAAUAACCAUGAUAAUAUAGUAAAUAAGAAUGGAAAAGUCCUCCUGCAGCUCUGUCGAAGCCUGGGUCUGAAUAUCAUCAAUGGUAGGUUACGAGGAGACACUUUAGGGAGAUUCACAUUUUGCUCACCUCUUGGGAAUAGCACAGUUGAUUAUAUGAUAACAGACAUAGAUCCUUUAGACAUAGACAAUGUGCCACUUUUGUUUUGUACUUCUGUUUAUCCUUGUUUUUGGUUCGUGAGGGAAUUGAGGAAUGCUUUGGUUGUUUAUUUCUCUUCUUUUACCUGGUUAGGUUAUUUAGUUAUUAAAAUUUUGUUCAUUAGCACUAUAAUGUACAUUUUGUUGAACAUAUAUUGCAUAGAGUAUACAUAAAAUUAAUUAAUUAUAAGGUUUUUGAAGUAUGUUGUCCCCUUCAAUAUUUUCAGUAAUGUAAUUUUUUUUUUUUUUUUUUGUAAGUGGAAUUAAACCUGGUAUUGCCCAAAGCAAACACAGAGACACUAAAUAAAAUUAAUUUCAAGAAUAUUUGCUUGAUUUAUGUUGUCAUUGCAUUUGCUGUGGCACAUAAUAUUAAGUUUAAAAUUAUAUCGAUAGUAAAAAUUUUAUUACAUUUUAUAGUAUGAAAUUAUGCCCCACCACUUUUGGAGUAGUUGUUACGAACGGAACUCCGGCGUUACCUUCUUCUCGCCACCAGAAGGAACUGUCGCCUGAAUUUUGAUCACACUUUGCCCAGACUUGUUUGUGUGUGGGUUUUUUUGUUUUUGUUUUUGUGCGCAAUGUAAUGUGCUAUUGUGAUGAGUUUAUGAUCUUUUUCAUUUACUGCUUUGUUGGUCUGGUGCCAUUCAAGGCACUGCUAUCUGCUUCUGCUGCAUCUUGUGCCAUUUAGGAGACCUGAGUACUGGAGUCACUACAUCCAGUUUCUGAGCCAGUGAGGACUCGGUGUGGAGCAGGGGAGGCUAGCCGCUUUCCGUCAGUCAGUCAUAUUUAUUUAUAAAGCACAUUUAAAAACAACAGCUGUUGGCCAAAGUGCUGUACAAAAUUAAAACAUACCAAAAUACAAAUGUAAUCACCGCAACCGAUAGUACACUACAGUUAUGCCACUGUGCUUACUUGUGACCAUAUGCAACAGUAAAUAAGUACGUUUUAAGAAGAGACUUAAAAUCAGCGUAUGUUGGAGCAGAUCUUGUAUAAGAUGGCAAAUUGUUCCAAAGCUGUGGAGCAGCCACUGAAAAGGCACGAUCACCUUUCAAGUUCAGGCGUGUCCUUGGAACAGUCAACUGAAGUGAAACAGGAGAUCGGAGAUAUAUGACUGAGCCAGUCCAUGCAAACCCUUAUAUACAAACAGCAAUGUUUUUGGAUACGAUAUUUAACUGGGAGCCAGUGAAGAGAGAUCAGCACUGGUGAAAUGUUCCCUCUUCCUUGUUCCGGUUAACAAUCUAGCGGCAGCAUUUUGAACAAGUUGAAGACGUGACAGUAGGGACUGUGAAACACCCAAGUACAAUACAUUAGAAUAAUCUAAUCUGGAUGAGAUAAAAGCAUGUAUUACAGACUCCAUGUCUCUUAAUGUUAAGAAUGACUUCAUCUUUGCGAUUUAUUCUUUAACUGAUAAAAACAACUUCUAACCACAGCACUUCGGUGGUGUGUGCUUCAGUGUGGGUGUGAGGUGUUUGAUGUGGUGUGAAUUUAGGUGGGCUCAGACGACCUGCCCUGUUCCCGCUAAGCCUGGCCCUGGAGAAUUAUUUUAAUAAUCUGGUGGUGUGUUUCCUGGGAGAGAGAACUUUAUUGAUGCUCUUAUAAUAAAGUGUAUUUUUGUAUUGAUACUCGCGUCUCACUACAUCUUAUUCCUUUGCCCUCAAUUGGUAAAACUUAUGCCGAGUUCACACUGCAUGAUUUUCAAACUCGUCGGAUCGCUGUUGUUUUCACACUGCGUGACUAUCUGGGGUAGCAUUCAGUCGCUGCUGUGUUCACAUUGCACGAUGGAUCGCCGACAACUCUGUCUGAUCCCCAAACUACGUUUCACACAAAAACACGUGCAAGAAGUGAUAAGGAAAUAACGCGAGAACCUGCGUGCAUCAGCCUGUUGUUCUCGAGUGACUGAAUUAUUUAAUAAAAUAUAGCCUGCAAAUUGUCUGUGCGCUGAUUUCCAGCUUCAAGGAGAAAAAGAAAAACAGAUUAUGCAGGAGGGAGAUGCAGGGAACAGGGAUUGUGUUCUGCAAAGAGGUGGAGGUAAAUAAUAAUUUAGCAGUAACUGUUAUGCUGAUGUUGCGGCUGGUCAAGCAAAUGUUUGUGCUUGUUUCUGUAUGAUAUAAUUGUACAUAUGUAUUAAAAUACUGACAUUCUGGUCUAUAACUCCUCCCCGAACUUCCCUCUGCCCUGUAUCUUUGUCUCUCAUUGGCUGAAG